AUGAGUUCUACCAUGGCUGGGUUUACUUCUUUUCCCUCUCUGCUUUUGAUUUCUUCUCUUUUACUGGCUUCCUAUGGCGCCGUUUGUGCCUCAAGGGUACAAUCCUCCGUCUCUAUAGUGGACGGACUCUCAUGGACAUUCUACAAUUCUAGCUGCCCUGAGCUUGAAUCCAUCGUCAGAACCCACCUCAAGACUGUGUUUGAGGAGGACAUUGGCCAAGCCGCAGGCUUACUGCGCCUCCAUUUCCAUGACUGCUUUGUUCAGGGAUGCGACGGUUCGAUCUUGAUUGAUGGAACAGACAGUGAUCCGAGUGAGAAGGAUGCGUCUCCGAACCUCACUUUGAGAGCUAAGGCAUUUCAGAUCAUCGAGGACCUCCGAGAGCUCGUCCACAAUACGUGCGGAAGGGUUGUCUCCUGUGCAGACAUUGUUGCUGUUGCUGCGCGUGAUUCUGUUUACUUGGCAGGAGGCCCCGAGUACAGUCUGCCAUUAGGAAGGAGGGACGGGCUAACCUUUGCUUCACAAGAAACGACGGUGAACAGCCUCCCCUCAUCCACAAACAACGCCAGUGAGCUUGUCGCCGGGCUAGCCAACUUUAACCUUAAUGCCACAGACCUAGUUGCCCUCUCUGGUGCCCACACCAUUGGCAUCGGCCACUGCACUUCUCUAACUUCUCGGCUCUACCCAACUCUAGACUCUACCCUGGACGACACUUUCGCCGACGAACUCCUGGAAAUCUGUCCCACUGCAGAUUCCAACGGCACCACCGUGCUUGAUAUCAGGACGCCAAAUAAAUUUGAUAACAAGUACUACAUUAACCUCGUGAACCGCCAAGGCUUAUUCACAUCAGACCAAGAUCUUUACAUGUAUAACGUUACAAGUGACAUAGUCACUAGCUUUGCUCUCGACGAGGAGCUCUUCUUUGACAAGUUUGUGGAUGCCAUGAUCAAGAUGGGGCAGCUGAGCGUGUUGACGGGCGAGGAAGGGGAAAUUCGUGCCAAUUGCUCGGUGGCGAAUUCCGAUGGUACUGUAAAAUUGACAUCUGCGGUAGGAGAUCAAAAGGAGGCGGGAGCUUAUGCUGUCUAA